AUGCCGGUGAUUUGGAGGCUAGCGGGAAGAGGCAGCGUGAAGAGGAUUAGCGGCCUCAUCUACGAGGAAACCUGUGGAUUGCUCAAGAUAUUUAUAGAAAAUGUGAUUCGUGAUGCCGUGACAUACACAGAACAUGCACAGAGGAAGACGGUUACCACCAUGGAUGUGAUUUAUGCUAUGAAGAGGCAAGCUUCAACAAUAGAAUAUGGCCUCAUCUACGAGGAAACCCGUGUAGUGCUCAAGAUAUUCCUGAAAAAUGUGAUUUGUGAUGCCGUGACUUACAUCGAGCAUGCACGAAGGAAGACGGUUAGCGCCAUGAAUGUGGUUUAUGCUAUGAAAAGGAAAGGUAGGACUCUCUACAAUUUUGGUGGUUGA